UCACGUACGCGAGUUCAGUUCGCAUUCAACUGUUGUGUCGUGUCGUUCGUCUGAUUGAAUUGAAUAGCGCAUUUUAACGUCGACGAGAGUGUGUGAAGCAGCAAGCAAAAUUGCCAUUGUAAUGAUGUUGAUGAUGAACAGCAACUGUUUUGAUUGAACGGCCCAAGCGACCGCGCGCACAUUUUGUGAAUGAGCGUAGAGUAAAUGGUAAAUGUUGGAUGCGAUCUGUUUAUUUUCGUUCAGAUGUGAUGUGAUGUAUGGCGACAGCCGCAAACGUGAAAGAAACGCGCAAUCAAAAAUUUAUGUGCGGCAGCUAGAAAGUUAAAAAAUAAAUGAAAACAAGAACAAAAACACAAAAUAAUUUUUGUGAAAAUUAUAAACAAAAAAUAUAAUUAAUUAAUGACAGUGCAGUAACUGUAGUGAAUUUAUAAUAUAAUAAAAAUUUAAAUACCAAAAAAGUGAACUGCAUAAUUCUAGUGCGCUGCAGUGUAGUAAAAUUUUUUAUAAGAAAACGGUGAAAAAGUGAUUAUUUAUGCGCGACGCAAACGACGAAAAUCGAUUUUCAGAACAAAACAUAAUAAAUAUGUAUGUAUGUGCAUAAAAAAUAUAUAUAGUAUAUCAGCCGUCUAUAUAUAUAGAGAGAUAUAACAAAACCGUAUAAAUAAAACUUAAAUUAAUGCGCGCAGAAAAAGCAAGCGCAGCAGUAAAAAGCUGUGAACAGCAGCGGCAGUGAACAGUGAAAAAGUUUCCAGCGUUGCAGCGCAACAAAUUUCAGAAAGAAAGAGAAAUAUAAAAUAGAAGAAGUAUAAAAAAACAUUACUAAAGCAAGUGACAACAGUAAAAUCGAUAAACUAUUCGAAAAAUGUGCAACACUUGAAGACAAGUGUUUAAAAACUUUGUUAUAUUAUACCACAGAAUAAAUAGACCGUAAACGCUAUAAGCAAAAACAAAAAAACAAGAAAACGUUAAAAUGGAUAUGACAAAAGACAUUAUUGAUUACACACAAAAACACACCGAAACGGCCGAGCGCUUAAUUGCCGGCUAUCAAUCGCCACUAUCAGAGAUCAGCGAGAGCGAAGCAAACACACGCGCAUGCGCCACAGCCUCACCAUUUCAGAUUGGCAGCAAUAUAUUGGAAGCUAAAAUAACAACAACAGCCACAGCAUAUAACGAGGUGACAGAACACACGUCCGCCAACACAGCAAACGCCGCGCAGCAGCUGGAACAGCAGACCGCCACAGCAGACACUAUGGAGCAACAAGCGGCACAAGAUGCGGAGCAUGAUAAUAUGUCUGUUGACAAAGCAGGUGAAAGAAAUGUUGCUACGGCAGCAGCCAAGACUGUGGGCGCUGUGGUGAGUGGUGAUAUAACGCCACCACCACGCCCCUUCACCACCAGCGAAGUGGUUGGCUUGAGUUCGGCACUGGAUGAUGAUCCCGAUUUGCACGUCGACAUGCAAUUGCCCAAGUCGCGUUCGCUACCCACAUCACCCGAUCAUCACCGGCGCAGCUUGGACUCGGCAUCAGCAGAGAUUUUAACGCGCAUGAAUGCUGCACUCUUUGGAUUCGAGCAGCGACGCGGCUUGGACGGCGCAAUGCAUAUGCCCAUCACAGCCGGUUUAUCGGCGCCAAUGCGCAUCUCGAAGUUGACAAAGCAGUCUGCGCCACUAACCGCACGCAAGUCCAUUUCACCGCUUGGCUUGAAGUCGAAGAAGCAAUUGGCCGCAGCCGCUGCAGUCGGAACAAAUUCACAGCAACAGCAGUUCUGUCUGCGUUGGAACAACUAUCAAUCGAAUUUGACAAAUGUCUUCGAUGAGCUGCUGCAGAAUGAGUCGUUCGUUGAUGUGACGCUCGCUUGCGAGGGACAGUCCAUCAAGGCGCACAAGAUGGUGCUAUCCGCUUGCUCGCCAUACUUCCAGGCGCUCUUCUACGACAAUCCUUGCCAGCAUCCCAUAAUUAUAAUGCGUGAUGUGCGAUGGGAGGAGCUGAAGGCCAUCAUGGAGUUCAUGUAUAAGGGCGAGAUCAAUGUCAGUCAAGAGCAGAUAAAUCCUUUGUUGAAAGUCGCCGAAAUGUUAAAGAUACGCGGCUUGGCGGAGGUGAGUGCCGGCAGUGGACAUGGCAUGGCCGCACCACACCCCAUGAUGCCCGAACAGCGCAUGACCAUUUUCGAUGAUGAGGACGAUGCCGAGAGUGAUGAGGAUACAGAAAGUGCCGAAGACGGUUGUCAGAAACCGAAGCGCGCACGCAUGCUCGAUGCUACAAUGGGUAAGGCGUAUCCACAUGGCGCAGCGCUUGAUCUAAACUUAGCUGCACAGCGUCAGCGCAAACGUUCACGAGAUGGUGUCUUCACCGAUGGCAAUUUGUCACGUUUCGGUGUCAAUGUCUCAAUGCCAUCAACAACCGAAACAGCGGAGUCCAACACGCAUACAGCCAACGCUGCCGCUGUUGAAGCCAGCAGCGCUGACGCCAAUACUACAUCACAGCAACCACCCGUUGCCGUGACCACAUCCACCAUUGUACGCAACCCCUUCGCUUCACCCAAUCCCAACAACAGCAACAACGCCGCAACAAAUGCCAAUCAGAGCAACUCACAGUCCGCCAUUGCAACCGGCGCAGCACCAUCAGCCGCCAGUUCAUCAACACCAACGCUGAGCAGCUCAACACCGACUGCAUCAGAUAUACCCACACCGCAUGCCACCGGCCACUCAUAUCGUCCACCAUCGAUGCCGUCGGCUGGCAGUCUCAAAGCUGCAAUGUCUUCUCCAGCCGCAGCUAAUACGAGCGGCAUUCCCUUGAAUGUACAUUCCAAUCCCGUCGCCGCGGCUGCAGCAGCAGCUGCUCUCGGUGUAAAUCCCCAUCAUCCGCAUCAUCCCCACCACCAUCACCAUCAUGCCGCCGCAGCGGCCCAACAGCUAGCUGCUCAACAGCAAUUGCAUGCAGCGGCGCACUCACACGCAGCCAUGGCUUCAGCGUUGGGCGCAUCUUUGGCUGCCGGUGCUGGCGCAGGCGCCGCUGGCACUGGAACAGGCAGUGCAGCAAAUAUCUCGUCAUCGGUGGGACAUCAUGAUGAGCUGGAGAUCAAACCGGAAAUCGCUGAGAUGAUACGCGAGGAAGAAAGGGCUAAAAUGAUUGAAAGUGGACAUCCUUGGAUGGGCGGAGCAUCGACCUCUUCAGUAACCGCAGACAGCUACCAGUAUCAAUUGCAAUCGAUGUGGCAAAAGUGUUGGAAUACGAAUCAGCAAAAUCUUGUGCAGCAAUUACGGUUUCGUGAACGCGGUCCCUUGAAGUCGUGGCGCCCCGAGGCAAUGGCCGAAGCCAUAUUCAGCGUGUUGAAGGAGGGGCUCUCACUCUCACAAGCUGCACGUAAAUAUGAUAUACCCUACCCCACAUUCGUGUUGUAUGCAAAUCGCGUGCAUAAUAUGUUGGGACCCUCAUUGGAUGGUGGCACCGAUCCACGUCCGAAGGCACGCGGUCGUCCACAGCGCAUUUUGCUCGGCAUGUGGCCGGAAGAGCUUAUACGUUCGGUUAUCAAAGCGGUUGUUUUCAGAGAUUAUCGUGAAAUUAAAGAGGAUCUGGCACAUGUUUACGCUAAUGGACAAAUGCAAGCGGGCUCCCCCUUCGGUGCCGCUGGUAAUGCCGCCGUAGCAGCCGCUGCGGCCAAUGGUUAUCACAACGCCGCCAAGUUAGCCGCACAGAAUGCCGCACUCGCGCCGCCCGACUCGCCCAGCCCACUCUCCACAAUGACCGAGACACUGCGCCGCCAAAUCAUGUCACAACAACAGCAAUCGCCCAUUUCACAAACGAUGAACAUGUACAAAUCGCCAGCGUAUCUACAGCGUUCGGAAAUCGAAGAUCAAGUGUCGGCGGCGAAUGCCAAACAGCAUGCCGAAGUACGACGCACCUCCGACAGCAUGCCCGAUUUGAGCGCGCUCGGCGGCCUAAUGGGUAUACCAGGUUUGAAUGUGAUGCCCGCACAAGCGGCAGCAUCGCGCGCCAGUCAAAUGCAUCAGAGCGGCGCUAGUUAUGCACGCGAGCGUGAGCGUGAACGUGAGCGUGAAAGAGAGCGCGAACGCGAACGUGAACUGAAGGAAGCAAUGCAAGCGCGUCAAUAUGGUAAUCAAGCGCGCGGCACCAUUGGCGCAUCAAGCGGCAGCGCUCAAAAGAUGCCGCCCUCAACAGCGGCGGCGGCGGCCGAUUCGGCGGCAGCAGCUUACGCGCACUACAAGAACAAAGAGCACGCCAGCAAUUAUGCAUUCAACAAGCGUUUCGCUGAGACGCUACCGCCCGGCAUCGAUUUCGAAGCGAUCGCCAAUGGUUUGCUACAGAAAUCGGUGAAUAAGAGUCCGCGCUUCGAAGACUUCUUCCCCAGCGAAUUCUUUGGCAAUGCGGAGAGUGCGCCCGGUGCCGGCGCUGCCUAUCCACCGACGCGCGAAUCACCGCUCAUGAAGAUAAAGCUGGAGCAUCAAGCGAGCGCCGAAGUGCCGCAUGAGGAUUGAAUGGAGCGGCAGUAAGCGCGCGUGAAUGAGUGAGUGCUUGAGCGCGUAGUAUGCUUCAUGUUGUUAGUGGGAAGGGUAAGGCAAUAAUAUUAUUAUGUAGUAGUUGUAUGCCAUAUAGUAUAUGCACAUACAUAUAUAAACCAAUACACACUUAUAUAAGCAUAAUUACAUAUUUAAUAGUUAUUUGGAGGAAGUAAGAAUUCUUUAAGAAUACACAUUUUUGACUGCUAUUUAACCCCAACGUAUGUAGGUUAGUUCAUAGUUUAUAGCUAUACUAUAUUCAAUAUAUUUAAAAGCGUAUAUAUUAUAUAUGCACACACACACGUAUAAAUGUCUAUAUUAUAUGCUGAUUAGUUUAGAUACAUAGUUGAGAUAUGGAAAUAAGUAAGCGUUAGCGCAGCUAAGUAUGCUAAGAAAAAAUUUAGGAUUUUCAUUUUUGAGUUAAACACAUUUCUUUUAAUUAGAACCACGGUGAAAGAGACAAACAGUUUCCAGUGAAUUUUUAGUAAAUAAAUAUGAAGUAAACUUUACUGUAUUUUUUUCAAUUUCUUUCCUUACAUGCAUAAGAUCUCGUUCUAAUAUACUUAUAUAUACAAAUAUAUAUAUAGCUCUUUGUAAAUUUAUUUAUUUGCUUGACAGCAUUGCUGCUUCUGUUGUUAUAGCAGUUUAUAAAAAAUAUUAUUGAUUAAAUAAAAAAAUAUAUAUUUCUUAAAAAAAUAUUAUGCAUUAAAAGCAAAUUAUUAUGCUAAUUAUAAUUAUGGAAAAUUAAAGAAAAAAAGCAAAAAAUAUGUAUUUAUAAAACAAAGUUUUCGCAAAUAAUAGACUUGAGCAUUUUUAAAUGUACGAAUAGGUGUCUAAGUGUCUGUGUAUUUAAUAGCUAAGAAUUUAUUGUGUAUGUAGGCGGUAAAAAUAUAUGAAAAUGAAACAAAAAUAAAAAUAAAAAAUUAAAUUAAAUGUGACACAAAAAUAUGCAGAGUAAGUAAGUUGAUUAAAGAAAACAAAAAAUUAUGAAAAAAUUAAAAAAAUGUGAAUUUUAUAAAAAAAAAAUAUUGAAAAUAUAUACCAAAUACAUAUAUUUUCCUUUACUUCCAAUUUGCAAAUGCCUUUUUUUAUAAAAAAAAUAAAAUUAAAAAUAAAACAAUAAAAUUCUGAGUUAAAACACGCAGCAAAGUCUUACUUGGCGCGCCUGAAAAUUAUUAUUUAAUUGUAAAUAAUGUACAAAUUAAGUUAAAAACUGUAAAAAAGUUGUAAUAAAAUUAAGUAAAAAAUAAAUAAAAUUAUUAUAAAUAAAUAUAAAUUUAUUGUAAAUGAUAAAAAUUUACUAUAAAUUAUAUAAAUUUACUAUAAAUUAUGUUAAACUUGCAUGCAAGUGCAAAGCUCUACAGUAAUUAAGAGUCCAAAUACACAAAAGCCAACACAGCUAUAUGUGUCUCUGACGGCUGCAAGCUCAUGAUUAACACAAAGAAAUAACAAAUAUUGAAAUUUUAUUUCAUACACACACAUAUACACAUACAUACUUACAACAAUGAUCUAAUAACAAUAAAAAUUCCAUAUGUGAAAAUGUAAUGGAUGGAAAUUUCUGAUGAACAUUUAUUUUUGCUUAGCUAUUUUUGUGCUUACUUUAAGUAUAAAUAUAAACAAACAUAUACACACAUAUA